AUGGAGCUUCAUGAGUGGCUAGAAGUAGGCCGUAUUCGGAUCCGGGCGUUGAGAAGAAUUGAUACGCAUCACCAAGCCGGUGGCGAAAAAGACAAAGAAGUGAGAGGCGAAAAAGACAAAGAAGUGAGAGGCGAAAAAGACAAAGAAUUGAGAGGCGAAGAGCUAAUCAAAAGUGUAUGCGAGGACAGGGGAAACAAAGAAUUGUGCGUGGAGGUGCUUUCGUCGGACCCAUCGAGUGAUAACGCCACACUACAGGACCUGGCAAUGAUAUCGCUGAAGACAGCGGCGGAAAACGCCAGCGGCAUAUUGGUGGACGCGAAGAGGAUGAUCGAUGAUCAGGAUUUGGAGCCAGGAAUACAACAGGGCCUGGCUGAUUGCGAGGAGAAUCUGUUGGACGCAGAAAGUCAAAUUCAAGACGCUAUUGCGUCCAUUUUGUCCAACGACAAGCGUGAUGCUCAAAUGUGGCUGAAGGCAGCCCUAGCUGCAAUCGACACAUGUGACGCUUCUAUCCCCGGCGACGACGACAUUCUCUCGGUAAGGAGUGUAACCUUUCGCCAACUCUGCAACAUUGCCGUCGACAUCAACAAGCACAUGAUGGGCGUUGCAUCCUAA